GUCAUUGCUGCACCCCAUGGCACCCCUGGGGGUGAUUCUGGCACCCCAUGGCACCCCUGGGAGUGAUUCCUGCACCCCAUGGCACCCCUGGGGGUGAUUCCUGCACCCCAUGGCACCCCUGGGAGUGAUUCCUGCACCCUAUGGCACCCCAAGAGGUGAUUCCUGCACCCCAGAGAAAUCCAGGGGGUGAUUCCUGAACCCAGAGCACCCCUGGGAGUGAUUCCUGCACCCCAUGGCACCUCUGCACCCCACAGCACCCCAGGGGGUGAUUCCUGCACCCCAUGGCACCCCUGGGGGUGAUUCUGGCACCCCAUAGCACCCCGGGGAGUGAUUUACUGCACCCCAGAGAACCCCAGGGGGUGAUUCCUGCACCCCAAGGCUCCCCAGGGAGUGAUUCCUGCACCCCACAGCACCCCUGGGAGGGAUUCACUGCACCCCAGAGAACCCCCAGAGGGUGAUUCCUGCACCCCAUGGCACCCCAGAGGGUGAUUCACUGCAGCUCACAGAACCCCUGGGAGUGAUUCCUGCACCCCACAGCACCCCUGGGGGUGAUUCCUGCACCCUAUGGCACCCCAAGAGGUGAUUCCUGCACCCCAGAGAACUCCAGGGGGUGAUUCCUGCACCCAGAGCACCCCGGGGAGUGAUUCUGGCACCCCAUGGCAUCCAGGGGGUGAUUCCUGCACCCCAAGCCUCUGCUGGGAGUGAUUCCUGCACCCCAGAGAACUCCAGGGGGUGAUUCUGGCACCCCAUGGCACCUCGGGGAGUCAUUGCUGCACGUCAUGGCAUCCAAGGGGGUGAUUCUGGCACCCCAAGGCUCCCCUGGGGGUGAUUCCUGCACCCUAUGGCACCCCAAGAGGUGAUUCCUGCACUCCAGAGAAAUCCAGGGGGUGAUUCCUGCACCCAGAGCACUCCUGCGGGUGAUUCCUGCACCCCAUGGCACCUCUGCACCCUAUGGCAUCCCAGGGAGUGAUUCCUGCACCCCACAGCACCCCUGGGAGGGAUUCACUGCACCCCAGAGAACCCCAGGGGGUGAUUCCUGCACCCAUAGCACCCCGGGGGUGAUUCUGGCACCCCAUGGCAUUCUGGGGGUGAUUCCUGCACCCCAAGGCUCCGCUGGGAGUGAUUCCUGCACUCCAUGACACCUCUGCACCCCACAGCACCCCAGGGGGUGAUUCCUGCACCCCAGAAAACCCCAGAGACUGACACCAGGCCCUGACCUGCUCCACAGCACAGCCAAAGCCGGGCACAGCCCCACAGCCGGCGCCAGGCUGCGGCCAGCCCUGCAGGUGGGACAGCGUGGAUAGAGCCAGGGCACAACGAAGCGGCUGCUGCAGCACCGGGAGGGCCUCACCGGGAGCACCCAGGAGCUCCACGUGCUCCGUUACCGGGGAGAAAACUCCGGAGGGACCUGAUGCCAACGAGCAGAGCCCCGAGCAGGGCCGGGAGCCGCGCCGGGGCAGGAGGAGCACGGCAGGAUGGGGCUGGGCCGGGAGCCGGGAACGGCGGUGAGCCGCGGGAAGGGGCGCGACACCGCGGCACGCGCCGGGCCCACGCGCUGCCCUCGGGCGCCGCGGCCUGCCGGGGCACGGCCCAUGGGAAGGCGCGGGGCAGGCCCGUGCCAAAAUAAAACUCCCUGCGCGAAAAACGCCGCCCGAGGGUCUGCGGGUGGCUGCCGGGGCGCGGCGCGGCGCGGGGCCUGGGGGCGCGGCGGCGGCUGCCACCGGGUUUCAGGGGCAUGGGCACGGCCAGCCAGGGUCAUCGGGGGACACCGGGACACACCGGGCCACACCGGGCCACACUGGGCCACCAGGACACACCGGGACACACCGGGCCACACUGGGCCACACCGGGCCACAUUGGGCCACCAGGACACACCAGGCCACACCAGGCCACACCGGGCCACACUGGGCCACACUGGGCCACAUUGGGACACCAGGACACACUGGGCCACACUGGGCCACAUUGGGCCACAUUGGGACACCAGGACACACCAGGCCACACCAGGCCACACCGGGCCACAUUGGGCUACACUGCUGGGACACCAGGACACACUGGGACACACCAGGCCACACCAGGCCACACCGGGCCACAUUGGGCCACAUUGGGCCACACUGGGCCACACCGGGCCACAUUGGGACACCAGGACACACCAGGCCACACCAGGCCACACCAGGCCACACCAGGCCACUCCAGACCACACUGGGACACAUUGGGACACCAGGACACACCAGGACACACUGGGCCACACUGGGCCACAUUGGGACACCAGGACACACCAGGACACACCAGGCCACAUUGGGCCACAUUGGGACACCAGGACACACCAGGACACACCAGACCACACUGGGCCACAUUGGGACACCAGGACACACCAGGACACACCAGGACACACCGGGCCACAUUGGGACACCAGGACACACCAGGACACACCAGGACACACCGGGACACACCGGGCCCACUGGCGGGCACCGGCGUGGCACCGUUCCUCGAGGGAGCAGAAGCUGCUCGGUGUCACCAAAGCUGCUCGGUGUCACCAAAGCUGCUCCGCCGGGAAGUUUGGAGCUGACUCAGCACGAGGGGCCGGGUCCCGGGGGGCUCCCGGCCACCACGGGAUGGAUGCGGCUGCCCGGCGUGGCGUGGCAGCCAGCACGGAACUCGGCCGGUCCCGCGGUGACACCGGCGACGUCACACAAAGGGCAGAAGCACGGAAAGAGGAACUCAGCAGAGGAGGAAAAUCUCAUUUGCCCACAGGUUUGCGCAGGCGAAACACCCCGGAAAGCGGGGGGGAGGAAACGGCGGUGGGAGGGAAAGGGGAGAGAGGGGGAAGGAGAAGGGAGGGGAGAGGGGAAGCGAGGGGGAAGGGAGGCAGCGGGGGGGAAGUGAAUCGGAAGUGGGAAGCCAGUGGGAAGGGGGAAGUGAGUGGAAAGGGCGAGAAGCAAGAAGGGAAGGGGAAAGCAAAAAAGGAAACGGUGGGGAAGGUGGAAGGAAGAGCAAGAUAAGAAACCAGAGGGGCAGGGGGAGUGAGAGGGUGGUGGGAAGUGAGCAGGAAGGAAGGGGGAAGUGAGAGGGAAAGGGAAGGGGAGAACGAGCAGGGAGGGGGGAAGUGAUGAGGAAGCGGGCAGCGAGUGGGCAGCGGGAAGAGAGGGGGAGAUGCACAGGCA